UUCGAGGGUUGCCGUAUUAAUCGAGUAAUUUCCUUUGUGUUUGCGAGAUCUCCGUCAUUUUCCAUUUUGGAAUUGAGAAAUUGUAUGUGAAAAACAGCCGAAGAAGCGUCUCUUUCCGCUCAAACUUGCGCCAUUCCACCCAGUGACCAGUGUGCAGUGCUUGAGUAUUUGGAUUUGCUAGAGAUUCGACGAGGAAAAUGAUGUCUUACGAGAAGCUAUCAGAUUCUGAACAUUUAUAGCUCACACACACACAGUGCUGUGUUUUCCUUGCCCUCCAUUGCGCUUAUUUACCGUUUGCGGUGCAAUUUCACUCCCGAAAGAAACUGUGAGCUCCAAUUGGGACUGCUUUCCCUGUGCGGCGAUUCGAUUGGAGGUUUUCGCGUGAAGUUGGAGAGCAGAGUUUGAAGGUCACGGUGCGCGACAAGGACUUUUCAGGCAGUGGCCCCCAGUGCGCGACAGAGAGAGAACAUCCACUUGUGCGCGCGAGUGAGUGAGAGAGAGAAGAGUCAGUUGUGCGGUGGACUCUUAGUGCUGUAAUGAGCCCGAAAUUGACAAAAUUGCGAGAAAACAAGCGCCAGAACGACAAUUUCAUCCACAUAGCAUCGAUCAGGAAGAGACUUUGCAUACAUCCCGCCACGAUGUUUAGAAAUUUGCCCAGUGCCGCAGGAAAUCAGCUGACGGGCUUUCCGCAACCCUCGAGUGCGAGAUUCCCGGCCAGGAACUAAACUCCCUAAACGGCAAUAUAUCACGACCCCAACUGGGCGUAUAUAUUAAGGUUUAGCGGUUUAAUUUGUCUGCAUUCAAGCGAUUGCAUCGUCAAGAGUGCGAAAUAGGUUUCUAUUGUUCAAACAACCAAUUCACAAUUGUCUCACAUACAAAAACACAGUCAGCAAGAAAUUCCCCAGGCGCGCGACGGACGACCGGCGAGAUGAAGUUGCUGGAGAGUUCGCGCUUCGAGGCGAUCAAUAAUGCGCUGUCCAUCAAGAAGGGCGACAGCACGAUCGUGGGCAGGAUUGAGAGCUACUCCUGCAAGAUGGUGAGCGCCGACAAGGCGCUGUACAAGCGCUUCACGUCCGAGCAGGCCGACCUGCAGGCCCUGUCGCCUCCGCAGACGCUCAUGGACCUCUCGCCGGCCUUCAGCCGCGGCGGCGGCAGCAUGAGCGGCGACGAGGGCGUGAUCCUGUGCGACACCAUCUCGCGGAAGACGCUCUUCUAUCUCAUCGCGACACUGAAUGCCGCCUUCGAGCCCGACUAUGACUUCUCGGACGCCAAGAGUCACGAGUUCAGCAAGGAGCCUUCCUUGCAGUGGGUGAUGAACUCCGUGGAGGCCAACCUGUCGGCUGUGGCUGGUGAGCAGUAUCACGGUCUGCGGGCGGCUCUCUGGUCCGCCGUGGACGACGAGAUCAGCCUGAUGGAUUGCGACAUCUACAGCUACAAUCCGGACUUGAACUCUGACCCGUAUGGUGAGCCUGGAUGUCUCUGGUCUUUCAACUACUUCUUCUACAACAAGAAGCUGAAGCGCAUCGUCUUCUUCACUUGUCGCGCAAUGAAUCAAUUCUGCGUGCGGGAGUCUGGAACGUCGAGUGACUUCGCAAUGGAGGAGGGCGACGAUGACUACUACUAAAUAUCGUGUGUGGCAUCGGAGCCGAAUUUCUAAUUUUCUUUCUUUUUGCAAUCUUUCAACGUAACAAGUUAACGAUUUCUCAGUAACCACACAAACACACCCCCCAAUUUCUUGCUAGUUCUUAAGAGAGAGACGCUGAAGACGUCGCAGAUGAAGUAUGUGAAUUGUUUGAACAAUAUUGAUCUUUUCUCUCCGGCUCAUUUUGUGACGGAAAAGCGGGUGAGAGACGCGAUGUGAGAGUUUCCGUCCCGAGAUGUGCGCGAUGCUGGCGUCAAAACUGCUGAAGAUUUUUGCUUACUUUAGACUAUAUAAUGAGUGAUAAGGUGGAUUAAGAUACACACAGA